UGAAGCUCAAAUCAUUAAUUACUGAGCAUAAUAAGAUUCUAUUCUAAACCGAGUCUAACAAUUUCGCCACAAAAAUAUAAAAAAUCCAUCCUCGAUACUAAUGAAAAAGAAAAAAGCAUUUCAUAACUGGUAUCAAAGUCAAAUAUACACACAAACAUGAUAAGAAUUAGGAACAAAAUUAACAAAAUCUGAAGAAAUCAAACCUAAAAUCAUUGUUCUAACUUCAAGACAAAUCCAAUCGAUAUCGAAAUGAAUCCACGCUUUUAUAUUCGGUUGGGGAGUUUAGUUUCUCGUCGAUUCGUUAGUCUAAAUAGAUUGUCCAGGACGGGGUGGGAACUUGGUGGAAGUACAGGAGGUUGCGCUGGAACUGGUGGUGGGAUUAGUGGAGGUGAACCUAUUUGUAGCGGCGGAUGUGAUGGCGGAGGAGGUGGUAGUGGUGGCGGCAGUCGUUGGAGAGAGAUGGAGAGAAUCUCGAUCUCUAAAGAUAAAACUGAAAAGGAUUGAUACAAAAUUGAGUCAGCCAAAUAACUUGCCGACUUAAAAGCAAAUCCUCUCUUUCUCUCCUCUUAGGUCGUCAUAAGAAACCCUAGAAACAGUUCAGCCUCCUUCUAUCCGUUGUAUCCAGAUUAGGGUCUCAGAUCGUGCAGUAGAGAUGCUGGGCUCCGGCGAUCCCAAUUCACCCUUUAGAUGUAUAAUUGUCCCGUCAACAAGAUAUCGAGUGUUACCAGAGAUUCCAGCUUUACUAGAAAUACCUGUUCAUGAAAAUCCAGAGCAGCUUCAGACAUCUUUCCAAGAAUUUUUGGAUGAUUACACUAGAGCUCGUCAGAAUCGAUCAUCUGAUCCUCUUAAAUUUGCUGAAUGUGAAGGUAAUCUUAUUGAAGUAGUUUCAAGGUUCGGAACUUUAAAAGUUGAUGUUCCUGAAUUUUAUUCCCCAGUAUUAAAGCUUCCGGCUAUUGAAUCGAUGAUUAGUUUAUUAAAAGAUGAUGAAUGUGGGAGCCUUUUAGCUAGUUGUAUUCUUUUUACAUUCGAAAAGUUAACUGAUCCGGAUAUUUUAAUAUAUGGUCAACAUGAAGAAGCUACCGUUUUCGUUGAGUCUCUGGUUAAGUCUGAAGCCUUAAACGUAUUUGCUUCUACUCUUGAUAAGUUUCCAGGAUAUGAUGAUGUUUAUUUCCCAGCACUUCAAACAAUUGCGCAGAUGAUAUUUCUUGAUUCGUAUGUAGCAGAUACCGCGGGUAAGCAUACCCAACUGAUAGAAUGGGUGUUUAAAGCACUCAGAGCUCCCGAAUGGGAUGAACUAAAACAGUAUGUUGUGGGGUUAUUAGAUACUCUUGAUGUCUAGUAAGGAAAAUAGACUUCAAUUUGGUAAUUGGGGUGCUGUAACUGUUGUAGUAAAUGCUCUUACAUCCCUUGAAAGUCCUAAUGAAGAACAAGAAGAAGCCCCGCUGGAUUAUGAAGACGUAGAAUACCUGGUGGAGACUUUGUUUAGUUGUUUACUUUUUCUAUUCGAAUGUUCGGAGAAUAUAGUGCGUUUUGUUGAUGCUGAAGGAGUUCAGUUAAUGAUUAAAUUUAUUCAGCAAGAGGAAUUCGGUUAUUGUUAUGGAUCUGCAAUUGAGGCACUUGCUACUGCAGUGAAAGUUUGUCAAUCUGCUUCUGAGAAAUUUGUGAAACAUGCUUUGGCAUGGAACACUGCUUUCCCGCCUUCCAUGGAUAAGAUUCCACCAAGCGUUACGCACGUGAAAGAAAAAAUAGAAGCGCAUCAUAUAUCUCUAAUCGCAUCAUUAACUGGUGGCAUUGCCAAGACGGAAAAAGUUAUCUUGUUAAAAAAGUUUGAGGAGGAUGAUUUCGAAAGAAUCACCUGGCUUAUGGAGCUCUAUAGAGGAUAUUCUGAAGAAGUUGAAGCAAUGGCGAAUCGUCUUGAAGAUGAAGAGUAUGAGCUCUGCAUGGAAAAACUGCGAUAUGAAUCCACAGUUCAGUCGAUUGCUGUUAUUCUUGGUUAUCUUUUGUCCGAGGAUCCUACAACACGAAAUAAAAUUGAAAAUCGAUUAACUCAUCACAACUUAAAGAAGAAACAUGUGCAGGAUUUUAUCUUGGUUUAUCGAGACAGCAUUGGCAAUGCGGGCGAAUCAGUAGAAAGUGCAGAGACAGUGAUGGUGGAAAGCACUGAUUCCCUUGAGGAAUAUCCUGAACAAGGGAUGGAGCUGGAUGUAAAGGAAAAUCCUGACAAGAGGAUGGAGCUGGAUGUAAAGGAAAAUCCUGACAAGAGGAUGGGGCUGGAUGUAAAGUACCAGGUGCGACGUAGUUCAAGGCUCAAGCGGAGACACACAUCUUUUUAGGUUAUGGAAUAUUAGAGUUUAUUAGAGGUUAAAACCUUUGUUGGGAGUGAAGUACGAGAUAUCCUCUUCAUGCAUAUCAUGACAGUAUGGCAUUAUACCUUGUUCCAUUUUGGGAAACCUACAAUUUGGUGCAGUGUCUGAAAAAUAAACCAUACUGCCAGAAUACAAAGUCAACAGUAUUUUAAGUUUUAACCUUAGGUGAGCCUGAAAAGAGAAACUUGGCCACAUUGACCUCUGAUAUAUUUUUGUUCCACGAGCCUAAAUGGUUAAUGGCUUUAACUUCUAUACUA